AUGAAUAAUCUACAAAACCUUGAUCAAGCGGCACGUCAACGCGUGAAGACUCAUGACAUUGCUGCAACAAAUAGUAAGCUAGUGGUCGGCCCACCAUAUAGCAUAUCUUAUGCUGAUUACAGUAAAUUGCCGAAGAAUCCACAAAUGGUUGUGCCACCACCAAAUAUCAAUGGUAGCAACAACAAUGCUGCAACAAAUGGUAACAACGGUGGACCCUUUAAACCAGUGCCGCCACCAAAGCCCAAAAAUUAUCGACCACCAAUACAAGGUGGUACUGGUGCUGGCAAUGGCAAUGCAAAUUGGGAAAAUGGCGAACCUGGCUCACCACGUUCACCCAACGGCUUUUAUUAUCCACCUACACCAUCACAUCAUCAUUACUCACAACAAACACCUGGUUCACCACAUCAUGGUCCUAAUAAUAACAUACAACCCACCUAUGGCACCAACAGCAAUUAUAGUCAACAACCACAAUAUCCACCUACAAAUGGUUACAAUGGCAGUAAUCACCACUAUAAUGGCGGCAGCGGCACUGGUCCAUAUAUUGCACCACAUCGUGGCAUGCCACCACCUAUUGGUAAUCUUCCACCACAUACGCCAGAACGGCAUGCUCUGGACUUAGCAGGCAGUCGUGAACAACGGGGCUCAGCAUUCGAACUAUAUCGUAAACCACAAAUCGGUACAGCAGGGCACCAUCAUAACAUGAGCGAAAUGGAGCCAUACGAACAAAGAUAUGAUGAAUAUUAUUCAAUGCCACCACCACCGCCUCCAGGUCAUCCUUCACAAAUGCGUUCACGUUCUGCACAGCGUUAUCAUAAUGAACGUUUACAAGAAUCCAAUUAUUACAAUUAUCCACCAGCACAGUCUGCAUCACAUCACCAAAUAUCCGAACAGUAUUAUAAUGAAAAUGUUGUAGCGCCACCACCCUUGCCACCACAUAAAAUAAAAAAAAAAUCCAUGCUUAAAAGUCCAUUGACUGCAAUUAAAAACGCUUUAAUAAAAUCUACUCGUCCACUCAGACGUAUGAACAGUAUGGUUGAGCCGGAACGUAAACCAAAAUCCAGUCUUAGACGUCAACAGUCAAUGUUGGAGCGCGGUAUGCAACGUCCAUACUACCCCGAUGAAUAUCCAACAUAUCCAGCUGGUUUUGAAGAUCGUUAUUAUGGUGCAUCAAGAAGUGGAAGUGUGCCGACACAAAAUAUGCUAACACGUGAACAGUAUUAUAGAGAUCAACAACAGUAUGGACGUCAUUACCAACAGGAACUAAUGAAUAGUACGUAUCAGAAUUUAGAAACCGAAGAUAUUUAUGGAAACCUGGGCACUGUGCCGCGCAUGCACAAAGCAUCACAUACAGAUUAUAAUGGCUAUGAGCAUGAUGACUUAUACGCUAACAGAGCACUAAUAGAUUUAGAACGACGACAAGCUGAAGCAGUGGCAGCAGCGAAUAGAGGUGGUCGUAAAAUUGUAAGAAGGCACAGCACCACUACUGCUGAUCGUUCCGUUGGUAGAAGACAAAUGACACCAAUCAGCAGUGGCUUAGAAUAUGAACAGACUGAUAUGUAUCAAAACAAGCAACAUUCAUAUAUGCUGGAUGCACAGCGUAGAGCACCAAAUUCAGAGGUAAUGUCAAGACGUCGUUUUUAUCCAGGUGCUGCAAAUGAACAAGGUGAUAUAAAUGAACCACUAUAUCAAUCUCGUCGAGAAAUGCAACGUGAAAUGCAAAGAAGUCAUUUGUAUCAAUCGAAAAAAGAAAUGCAGGAACGCAUAAGUCAGGGUAAAAGGGAAAUGGAACGGGAAUUUAGUCCACAUAGUAGCAGCCAAUCUGAAAAAUCAGAUCGUGAUUCAAUCUAUCAAAGUAGACGGGAAGCCAGUCAAGUGGCGUUAAAGAAUCGUGCGCAAUUACGCGAACAAAUUUAUCAAACUCGUCGAGAGGCUUUAGAAAGUAUGGCAGAGCCAAUUUAUGUCUCCAAACGUGAUACCGGCAGACCAGAACCCAUUUAUGAAUCCAAAGAGGAAAGUAUAUUGCAGUCACGUGAAAAUGAAACCGAUGAGAAAAAAGAGGAAAAAACUGAAAUAACGGUGGUAGAGAUAAAUCAGGACGAUGAGAGUCUUAGUCGUUCGGAUUUACAAAAAUCUACAGACACUGUUAUAGAAAAUACUGUCAUACAAGCUAAUGAUUCUACAACAAGAACAGAGAGUAAAGCGCCAUUGGUGCAAAGUGAAAUUGAUGAUGAUGAUGAUAUUGAAAAUGAAAACUCUAGUGCCGCUGAUAUACAAACAACGUGUAUUGAAAAUCAAUUAAAUCAUGGCAUGCUUCAAGAUACCAAUGAAACAAAUGAUUUAUCUGACGAAGUUUUCGAAACUAAAGUGGAAUCCGAACCAUCAUCAAAUAUAGUACAAGGGCCGCCAAUUGAACCAUUGGAACCACCUAAACCAACAUUACCCUCAACACCACGUUCAAUGCGUGCACCAUUUCACAUUUCUAAUAUAUUAAAACGCACCGGCCCUCCUCCGCCACCAACGACAACAACAAUCGGCGAUAGUUGUACAUCUAUUGAAACACAAUAUACAUCACAAGGUAGUCUACCCGUUGGACCGCCAAAUGCUACCAGUACACCAUACACUAGUAAUAUGUCCUUGCCAGUCGCAGGACCAGUACCAACAUCAGCACCAGUAGCUGCUAGUUUGCCGGGUAUGGGACAAUUUCCUGCUGUACCUAGAGACCCUACAACGACACGUGGAAUCUUUGAUUUAAAAGGCGGUACUUUAGCGGACAAUGUGUGGAAUGUUUCACUACAAAUACCGCCAGGCGCGAUCCCUGCUGGCGUGCGACAAGAAAUUUACUUUACUGUCAGUGACCCACGCAUGGGCGAAGCUGUUGGCGGACCCCCACUGGAUAUGGAAAAUGGUGAAACAAUGCUCUCACCACUUGUUAUGUGCGGUCCACAAGGUCUUGAAUUUUUAGUACCCGUAACACUCAAUAUACCACAUUGUGCUGGACGUACCGCUUCCCUAGGAUUAGCACUCAAAGCGACCGAUAGUGAAAAAAAUUUACAUACCGAAUGGGAUAAUAUCGAUCUACCAAGCAAUGCGGCGGCUCAUACAGUAUCGGUGAAAGUAGAUCACUUCUAAUUUAAUUAUAUACCUAGUAAUAAUAUUAUAAUAAAUG